GACCACCCCUCUUCCUCAUUAUUCUUCUUCUCCUCAGCAGCAACAUUACCAAAAAUCUAGACAAAGACGAAAUGUCGAUAGGAACAACACUCCCUCCUCUCCCAAAAGAGCGACUAUCACUCGCCCACCGUCUCAACUGCUUCCUCCAACUCUGGCUUCUCAAAUCCCUCGCCAAGCUAUACUUCCUCUACCUCCGCCUCAUCCACCCCCCUCCACCAGGCACCAAACCUACCCUCACUAAGCGCUACGCCUGCCGCCCAGCCCUCAAAGCCCACAUCUUCUACCCACGCACCUACGACCCCUCCAAGCGCCAACUCCUCCCUCUGUACCUCAACAUCCACGGCGGAGGCUUCGCACUAUGCAACGCCACAAUCGACGACCCCUUCUGCAGCGCCUGGGCCAACCGCACCGGCAUGCUCGUCGUCAGCCUCAGCUACCGCAAAGCGCCACUCCACCCCUUCCCAAUUGCCACAUAUGACAUCGCCGAAGUCGCCAAGAGCGUCCUCGCAGACGACACCCUCCCAAUCGACCCCACGCGCAUCGCCAUCGGCGGCUUCAGUGCAGGCGGCAACCUCGCGCUGUCCGCCUCGCAACUCCCCGGCCUAAAAGGCCGCGUCCAAGCAGCCGUGAUCUACUACCCCAUCGUAGACUUCGGACACCCGCCCAAUGAAAAGCUAGACUCGAGACCGUACACGGGCGGUCCGCCAGAUUGGCUGGAAAAAACCUCCUGGUGGCUGGACUGGGGGUAUGUGUCCGUGGGGCAGAACCGGCGCGAUCCCCUGCUUAGUCCGAAAUACGCGGGGCGGGAUGACCUCCCGCCGUGGGUUUAUAUGAUCGGCGCGCAGUGGGAUAUGCUCCGGCUGGAGGCGCAGCAGAUGAUUCAUCGGUUGGCGGGGCUGGAGGGAAGGGUUGGGACGCAGCAGGAGGAGGACUUUGAGACGGGGAGGUAUAAGUGGACGUUGGCGAGGGAGUGUUCGCAUGGGUUUACUCAUGCGUCGCCGGGUCGAAAGAAGGGGGGCGCGAGUGCGCGGAAGAGGGAGGAGAUUGCGAGGGGGGUAUAUGAAGAGGCAUAUGAGUGGUUGGGAAAGGCUGGGGUUAUUGCUAAAUGACGUUGCAUGAAUGAGC